AUGGUGUCAAACUGGAUCGUUUCUGCAAUUAAAACAGGCAUUUCCUCUAUGAGUCCUGGAAUGGGUGGGCUUCUUAGAAGUAGGAAAAUGCUACUUCCUAGUUUGGCAGUUUGGAUUGUUCAGUGUCAUAAACAGGAACAAUUCUGCAGGUUUUAUUGCAGUCUUCAUGCAAAACAAAACCGUGUAUCCCAACAUUUUCGAUCGAUGAAUCUACGAGAUGAAAGCAUGGCAUCACAAGAGAGCAAACGUGGGGAGAUGACAUGUAAAAGUCAGAGACUGAUGUUACUAACAGGUCUGAUUUGCCCUGCCAGCCCUGGUUGCUACCAUUACAUGCCAUACGUGGUCCGAGCAAUGGAGAAGCUGAUCAAGGUGAUAGACCAAGAAAUGCAAGCCAUAGGUGGCCAGAAAAUGAACAUGCCUACACUGUGUUCAGCAGAGCUCUGGAGAGCCAGUGGAAGGUGGGAACUGAUGGGCAAAGAACUUUUACGACUGGCAGACAGGCACGGCCAAGAAUAUUGUCUAGGACCUACCCAUGAAGAGGCCAUUACAGAUCUUAUAGCUUCUCAAGGCUGCUUGUCCUACAAACAGCUUCCUCUCUUGUUCUAUCAGGUAACAAGAAAGUUUCGAGAUGAGCCAAAGCCGUGUUUUGGAUUGCUGCGGGGCCGAGAGUUCUAUAUGAAAGAUAUGUACACCUUUGAUGCCUCCAAGGAGGCUGCCCUCCAGACUUAUGGCCUUGUGUGCAGUGCUUACUCCAAUAUAUUCAGCAACUUGGGCCUUCAGUUUGUGAAAGUCCAAGCUGCUACAGGAAGCAUUGGAGGAACAAUGUCUCAUGAAUUCCAGCUCCCUGCUGAGGUUGGUGAGGACCGAUUGAUGAUGUGUACGAACUGUGACUUUUCAGCCAAUGUGGAAACUGUAAACCCCAAUGAAAUGGACUGCCCAAUUUGCAAAGGAAAACUUGUUGAAAGCAAAGGAAUUGAGGUUGGCCAUACCUUUUUCUUGGGCACCAAAUACUCUUCUGUUUUUAAUGCUACUGUCCACACUGCUCAGAACAAGCCUGUUCCAGCUGAAAUGGGCUGCUAUGGGUUGGGUGUGUCUCGGAUCCUUGCAGCCUCCAUUGAGGUGCUUUCUACAGAGGAUGCUAUUCACUGGCCAAACCUCAUUGCACCUUAUCAAGUCUGCCUUAUUCCCCCAAAGAGAGGCAGCAAAGAGGAGAAAGGAGCGAUACUCUUGGAGGAUCUGUAUAAUUUUAUUUCUGAUUCUAUCCCUCAGCUUAAAGAUGAGUUGGUGCUAGAUGAUCGGACUCAGCUCACAAUUGGGAAAAGGUUAAAAGAUGCUAACAAACUUGGAUAUCCCUACGUUAUAAUAGGUGGUAAGAAGGUUUUUGAUGAUCCUUCUUUGUUCGAAGUACAUAAUCAAAACACUGGUGAAAUAUUAUUCCUUGCCAGAGAGGCCAUUAUUGACUUGCUAAGUAAAGUGCAAACAUUGUAAAUACUAGGUAUAUGGCUUUAGAGUACGGAAGUAGUAACAUUUUCCUGUGUCACACUAAACACAUGAUCAUGAAUUUUUUUAUUAUUUUGGUUUGUAUUUUGUACCCCAAGUCAUUGAAAUUUAAUACUGUCAUUCCUGCCUUCCAUCCCAAAGCCUCAUUUGCAUGGGCUUGCUCAUUGACCCCAGUAUGAUGGACAACUCCAUCAGCCCAAGAUGAAUGUUAUAUAUGGAGGUUACCCACCUUUGAAAUCACCAGAGUGGCUUUGGUUUACACAUUGUAAUAAUAGUGUCCUAUCAGACUGUUCUCCUGUGGGAGAGCAGGAUGAAGUUGAAUGCUGUUAAAGAAUUUUUUUUAACUAACUUUGAAAUAAAGUGCUGAUUAGUGUAGCUUUUUUGGUGGAUACAGCCACAUGUUUUACUAUCCAGCCAUCAAUAUCUAAUGCAAAAUUGGAAAAGCUGGUCACAAAAGAUGAAGGGGCAUUUGCUUUUCCCAUGUUUCUCUUUGAAGUGCUAUGCUUUGGGAUGAGGAAUGGUAUGUGUAAUUAACUAGAUUCAUCCCAUUUAAUCAACUGCCAGGAAAAAAUUAAAAUACUGAAUUCUGGCCACAUUUAAAUUCGUAUGGACACCCUUUUACUUCCUCUUAGUGGUGGGCUUUAAUUGAUCAGAAACUUUCUGGAAUAAUCAAGAUGGAUAUUGCCAAAUAUUAUAUGAAGUUGAUGCUUGCAGUUUUAAAAAAAAUGUCUUUUUAAGGCAAACAUGCCCCAGAGCUGUAUGUUUAUUUAAAGCCAUUUUCCAGUUUGUGCUAUAGAGUCAGUUUUGUGAUAUUGCUGAAUUGCAAUCAGCAACAUGGAGGGACCUAAGGUAAUAGCCCACAUACUAAUCUUCUGGGUGAGCCAAUUAAAUUGUUAGUUUGAAAAUCUGACACAAAUUACCAAGAAGGCUAUUUUGCUGUUUAUUCCCUCUUGGAUAUCAUGUACUGUAAUCUACUCAUUUCACUAUUCCUAAGCAUACUAUUAAAAUGUAUACAAUUAUUUGAGGAUCAGUUUGUGUUAAAUUGGUCCUAGCCCUAUCCUUGCCUUGUUUUUUUCUGGUUUUCUUUUUUCACCAAUGAGUUUUGACUAUGGUUAAGAAACUGCAUUUUUAGGAAUACAGCCCCAAAUCUUCUAUUAGCUGUCGGGGGUCCAAAACAUACUGCACAAAUAAUCCAGUUUGAAACUGCUUUAACUGCCCUGGCUCUGUGUUAGGGAAUCCUGGGAAUUGUAGUUUAUUGUCACACCAGAGCUCUCUGACAGAGAAGGCUAAAUGUCUCACUCUUAGCAUCAGCUUUCCAAAAUACAAUAUGGAGAGUUUGAAAAGAUUACAGCAAGAUAAUGGCUUUGUUUAAGUGUAAUACCUAAGCAGUAUUACAUGAACAAGGUUCUUCUGUUAAGUCUCUCCUUCCUUGGUGUGACUAUGAAGAGGAGACUGGAAGCCUCUGCUUCCAUUUGUAACUAACUGGUUGCUCUUUUUGAAUUUGGGCAUAAAAUCUGUGGCUUUACUCAUAACUGUGAUUUAGCAAAACAAGCCAACUUCAAACAGUAACUUAUUUUGGUUUGUUUCCUUGAGCUGUAGUGAAGAUUAAUCAUAACUUCAGACUAAUAAUAAACUCUUGUUAACAGAAAACAGAAGCAAUUUUUUACUUCUUCUUCUCAGCUAUGUUAAGGAGGAGUGACAGUACGGAGUGUAUGAACCUAAGAGUUGUGCGUGAAAAACUUAACCAUAGGCCAGCAUUGUACCAGAUAAUUUCAGUAGUAUAUUAUGAAUUUGGAGCUCUGAAGUGUUAUAGAUAUACUUAACCAUAUCAGGUUAAUCUAACGAUCAAGCUGCUGUUAUAUUUGGACAGCAUCACUCACUAUUGGUGAUAUUCAAGCUUCAGCUGGAUGAGUUCCAGAUACUGAUUUUCUCCAGUGAUUGUAAGGCUUUUGCUGAGAAAUCUCACAUGCUGAGUUUGGGUUUGUGCACAGGAUUAGUACAAACACAUCAGAUUUCCAAUCUUGUGUCCACUGUAUUUAGUGGAUCUUUUUUUCCAAGUAAGUAUGUACAAGAUUGCCAAAGAAUAACAUGUAAGCAAAAGCAGCAAAUUAAAAAACAACAACACAGACCUGCACAUCUCCUUGAUAACAUGCAUUUCGUCUGUAAAGUACUUCUGUUUUGGUUUUGAUUUGGUUAUAACUGUUGUUAUGGGGAUGGUUGCUAGUACA